GACUGUGAGCUAAACGUGUUAGCUAGCUUAACGCAGAGAAUCGCUGCAACUAUAUGAUAGAUAGUAUAAAAUGCUGAUCUCAGAUGAAUCACUCAUAUAUAAAUGAUAUUUAGCCGCACCUCGUUACACCCAGAAGAACAGACAUGGAAAUCCUUCCGGUUCUGGAGCCUCUAGAUAAACCUAAUAAAGGGAUAUGGUAUUCUUUGAUACCAAGAGGAAGUGCUCCAGGUGUUAGUGUGGGUCACACCUGUACUUUUAUUCCAUGUGGAGAAGAGGGAGAAGGAAGAAUUCUUAUUGUUGGAGGAGCCAACCCCAGCGGCAGUUUUCCACAUUCCCACAUUAUAAAUCUAAAUAAGCUUGAAUGGGACAUUCCAGAGUGGGAGGGUUUAGCAGCACGGUAUGAACACUGCAGCUUUGUGCCAGAGAGUUGUCCUCAGAGCUUGUGGGUGUUCGGGGGAGCUCAGCAGACUGGCAAUCGCAGCUGUAUACAGACCAUACAGUUGACAGAUGAUGGGUCCCACUGGCAGAAAGUAUCAGUGGAAGGAACCCCACCCUGUCCUAGGACAUACCACACCAACUCAGCCUGCCUUGGGGACAGACUAUAUGUCUUUUCUGGUGGUGAAGCAGGAGCUGCACCCGUGUCAGACCAAAAACUUCAUGUCUUUGAUACAGUGUCUUCUACAUGGUCACAACCAGAUACACAUGGAAGGCAACCCUCACCCAGACACGGCCACAUUAUUGUAGCAGUGGGUUCAAAGAUCUACAUUCAGGGAGGGAUGGCUGGACAGAAAUUCCACAAUGAUAUGUACUCACUUGACACAAUGAACAUGAAGUGGGAGAAAGUCCCUGUCAAAGGAGAUAUCCCACCAGGAGUAGCUGCCCACUCUGCCAUGGUACUGGACAAGGAUAUUUACAUCUUUGGAGGGAUGACUGCAGAUGGAGCCAGCAACUCCAUGUACAGAUUCAACACAGAGAAAAAUAGAUGGAUUUUAAUGAAGUUUGAAGGCGAUAUUCCCCCCAAUCGUCUGGACCACUCAAUGUGUUUAUUACCAUGGAAGGUGCGUGCCGAGGAGGAUGGAAAUAAUGAGCAACCAAACAGCAUAGCAGCCCAAGAGACAGUACCUCUAGCCUUUGUUUUUGGAGGGAUGGACACUGAAGGUGUACUAUACAAUGACUGUAUUGUGACUGUGUUAAAAUGAUGCACUGAUGUGUAAUAACUAUUCACAAAUUACAAUAAAAUGCUGUUAAA